AUGAAUCUGAAUUUGGAGUAUAUUGCUGCUCAUAUCAGCGAUUAUAUUCAAAACGAAAACUUUUUUGAUAUAUUCGAUAUCAGAGACAUCAAAACUAUCAUGAAAUUUUCACGUUUGACAGUUGAUGAGUACGUAACUCUUCUGAAGCAGUCUUCAUCAACUCUAAAUGCCAAAGAAUUAUAUAUCAGUACACGAAAAGCAAAUAUUACUAUCCAAAAUUUCGAAGAAGUCGUUUCAAUUCUUACAUUCGUCAAAAAGUACAUGAAAUUCAAUAUAUUUGAUGGAAUGAUUGAUUUUAUCAAAGAAAACGACAAACAUAUGCUUGAUUCUACAGAAGAAAUCAAAAAACCUCAAACAGAAAUAAAAACUUUACAAAAUCAAUUACAAAAUGCGGCCAAAGAAACUACAGUCACACUAACUAAUGAAUCUCACGACUGUUCUAGAGAAUAUUUAACCAAAAUAUCAUCACUUAAGGAAACAAAGGAUUUUGAUAAAGUUUACAAAUUCUUUGAAGAACUUUCUUCUAAGGGCAAUCAAGAGAUGAUUUCAAAGGCUUGUGAAGAAAGACUUUGGAAGAAGACAGAAGAGCUUGAAAAGAAUGUACUUCAUGCUGCAAGUGAAAAAGGAAAUCUUAAUCUUGUCAAAUCACUUAUUGAAAGUGGCUGCGAUAAGGAAACAAAGGAUAAUAAAGGAUAUCUCCACUCAUUUAUGCAUCAAGAUAUGGCCAUCUUGAAGUUGUUAAAUAUCUUAUCUCAGUUGGAGCUGAUAAAGAAACAAAGGAUAAAGAUGGAUAUACUCCACUCAUUGAAGCAUCAUUAA